AGUCGUCCGCUCACGUUAUCUCGCGGAAUUUUAAAUUUGACGGGCUGGAUUUGCGCGCGCAAUGAAUCAGGCACCAGUUUCCUGUCUCCCGACGAACACGAAAAUGUCGAAGGCGAAAAAGGUACUGGAAGAAGCUCGGGAAAUCCAGAAUCCCGAGCUGGAUUUGGCUGACAAGGGCGUUUCUACCUUCGAGGACAUGCCAGGCCUAUUAAAUAUGACAUACAUCACAAGACUCACUUUGAGCCACAACAAAAUUAAAUCCGUACCCCCAGGAUUGGCCAAUCUAACAAACCUAGAAAUACUAAAUUUAGCGAAUAACUUUAUCGAGGAACUACCCAUGUCUUUAUCAUCCAUGCCAAAGUUACGGAUUUUGAAUUUAUGUAUAAACCGUCUUUAUACCCUUCCGAGAGGGUUUGGUGCCUUUCCCGUUUUAGAAGUGUUGGAUCUUACGUAUAAUAACCUGAAGGAGGACAGUUUGCCCGGAAACUUCUUCAUGAUGGAAACUUUACGUGCUUUAUACUUAGGAGACAAUGAUUUUGAAUAUUUACCUCCCGAUAUAAAAAAUUUGAAGAAUUUACAAAUACUGGUACUGCGUGAAAACGACCUCAUCGAGUUACCGAAAGAAAUCGGUGAGUUAACCCGUUUACGGGAGCUCCACGUCCAAGGCAAUCGCCUCACCAUUCUACCGCCUGAAAUCGGUAAUCUAGACAUGGCUUCCAACAAGUCGGUCUUCAAAUUCGAAGGAAACGAAUGGGUGGCGCCCAUCGCUGACCAAUUGCAGUUGGGCGUCAGCCAUCUGAUGGACUAUUUGAGAAGCGAGACAUACCGCAUAUUAUACAGCAGGUUGGCAACAAACAAACCGCCUCCGCCGCCACCUUGCGCGGAUAAAGCGAAGAAAAUCUCAAGAACUCGUUAAAUUGUCUUACGGAAAUAAUCUCACACCCCUAAUACUGCCUUUACUAGUAAUUAAGAUUAGUAUUAAUAUAAACUAGAGAUGGGCACUUUUCGGAAAAGUGUUACGGACAUGUCCGUUGGACAUGUUAAUGAAAUGUCCGGACAUGUCGAGAAAAGUAGUUUUGACCUUGAAUCUAAUAAGCCAUCUGAGUGACGUUAUGUUUUCACAAGUACACAAAGCAAAAUAUUACUUUUAUUCUAAUGAAUAUGUGUAGAUAUAUUUUACUUAUUACCUACCUUUAGACUUUUUUAUAAACUGGUUUCUAAUCCGGGCAGCCAAUACACUUAUUUAAAUGUUUUUGCAUCCCACUGGAAUUCUUAAAAAUUGUUUUUGAGCAGAAGUUAUUUAUAAUGAU